AUGCCUCGAAACGUUGUUCAGGACAGCGAUGACGACGACAACGACGACUUUCUCAGCCCAGGCAGAUUGACUGCUCAUGAGGCUGCACUGCCGCAGCCAGGCAACACGCGUCGCGGGGAUGGAUCAUCUAACGAGCAGCGCGGCACGGCGUCCACAGGUACCGACACAGGUACCGACACAGAUACCAUACGGCGGGAAAUACAGGACGCCCAUCGUGCAUUGGUAGCUUCGAACUCGCCCUCGAAAACGACCUCGACCGAGCACGCCAACUCUUUACGCGACGCGACUUCUCCCCCAUCGCAACGCAUGAAGCGAAGCCCGUCCACCGCCGGCUUUGGUCUUAACAGUUCCUCGUCAAACAAGCAGCAACGCGCAAAGACCGCGAAGACGUAUGGCCAAUCAAGGCAGCGAAGGCUUGAUGCAUUGGAGGACGCCAACGGGGCUCUUGUUGCUUUAAGAGAAGGCAAGCAAGGUCACAACAGCAGCGGAAAAACAGCAGACACCAGAAAGUCGCAAGAAGCGCUACCAAGCACGGACGCCCCUGCUGAGGACCCAUCAGGAUCGAUACCUUCGUGGGACCUCCCUGGAUCUAUACAGGAUGACUUCGCGUACCAUGACCCCAUCGCCAUGUUUCCUGGCCCGUCGAGCACUAUUCCGGACAACACUAUGACGCAACAGAGGCUGAUUGACGAAGCUUUAUCAAUGCAUGCGCCUGUAUCGUUUUCUGAAUUCCACGUUCCAGAAGCACCAGCUGGUAGCAAUUCCUCCAUCCCGUGGUCGGCGUAUAUUGCGACUCAACCGGGAACCGCUGAGACGGCCUCGAAAUUGUCACACCCAAGCAAUCCUUCUCCGCAACGAUCCAUGGAUGGGGUUUCGGCUCUCACCCCAAGCGUCAAGAGCAAAACACCGAAAAGCUCGAAAUCCACAAUGCCUUCUCCGUUGAAAUCCUCUCAGCGCGUAAAGAGAGCAAGAACUACUGCUGACGCCCAGGUUGCUGGUAUCAACCAAGGUCAUUUGGGCGACGAACUGUCUCUAUCUGCGGGAUUGCUCUCAAAGAACAGCAAGAAUGCAGCUACACCCUCCGAGGCCAGCAAUGGAGCCGGCAACCGAACAGAUGAACCGCGAGCAGAAACAAAGCCUGGCAAAGAGCUCAAAAAUCCUAAAGUUGAGAAGCUGCAACCUGAGGACUUAGGGAACGAUCCACCCGGAGAACAAUCCCAGCCUCGACCUAGCCGUACAAGAUCCCUCCGUAUUCUGGAGACAUCAAGCAUGACCAGAUCAUCCGAUCCGCUUAACCCAGACGACAUCGCCGUAGGUCUCCCCAAAGAACGCUACCAGCCGCGUCCAAGCCGUUCGCGCUCCAACCCCGUCUUACAGGAAGCGCCGAUAGACUACUCAGUCCGACCCGAGAAGGCGGCAAAAGCAAGUGCAAGAGUGAACCGCCGCAAGACUACGGACACUUCCGUUCUUGGGGAGCUUGUACUAUCGGAAGCAGAGAAGCUUGAGCGUAUUACUGCUAUGGGGUUCAGUAGCAGCGAGGGAAGAAAAGCGCUCCGGGAUCAUGUUGGGAAUUUGACUGCCGCGGUUGGGUGGCUGGCCAAUCGUUCGGCGACGGCCACGGCGACGGGGACGCAGGACUCGCUUGCUGAUGGGAUUGCUGUCAAAUCGAGCCGAGCGUCGAAAGUAAAAGAACCGGCAGUCACGAAGGGAAAAACACAGGCAUCGUUGAACGUAACAGAAACAGCAUCCGCAACCAUCACACAAGAGUUGAGCAACUGCCAGGGUCCAGCAAAGGAAAGGACGCCUACGAAGCGACCCGGCUUCGUUCACAUCGAGAUACCAUCUGCGAAAGCCGUGAAACAGUUCACCAUAUCUGACAGUAUCGCUACUGGUGGUAACAGUGGAGGCGAGCCCUUAGGGAACUCAGAAGCCGAUGCCGCCAACUCGGCCUCCGCAAUUCCAGAGCCGGAAGCUCCCGUCUCCAUUGCCAAACCAUCAAAAGGCAAACGGAGGAAAUCAACCCGAGCGGACGAAGCGCCGAACGACGCGGAUGAACUGGAUGUAACCGCGCCAAAACCCAAACGCAGGAAAUCCACGCAAGCCGACGCCCAAGAGAGCGAGACACCCGUAGACCUUGCCUUUGCUCCUGCCCUACCGGACGAACCGCCAAAGAAACGAGGACGCGGCCGUCCACCAAAGGCGAAAGCUCAGGACCCUGCUGCAGAACCUCACCACGCUAGCCCUGACGCUGAGCACGCGGUUCUUGAUCAAGCAUCUAAGCCCCCAGAGCCAGCACUGCAAUAUCGGAAUCUGAACACCGUUCCUGAUCAGCAACCCGGCUCCAUGCCUACGCCGCAGAGCACGCCCCCGCAGCCCGACCCUCCGGCGGCCGCUGCAGCUACACCGCAGAAGAAAGGGAAGGCGACGGUGGGGAGUCCGACGCAUCACCCGCCGUUGAGUAAGGGGAAGACGCCGUAUCGAGUGGGUCUGAGCAGGCGUGCACGGAUUCCAUCGUUGCUGCGGGUAGUGAAGAAGUAG